AUGGGGGUGAGGCUCCGAGUCUGGCUGGCGGCUCCCCAUUCAAUCUCCCGCUGUCCCCGUCCUCUUGGGGCGGUGCUUUCUAUCCUGCUGGCUGGAGGGUCCCGGAAGGGGUCUCCAACUUCGCGAUACCUCGGCCAGAGGACAAAGGAGACAGGUGGCCGCUCUCUGCGCUCGGAGGCCGGCUCAGGCCCCUGCCCCACUGCUGGGGCUCGGCCGACCGCUCCGUCCUCCGCCUGGCCACCGCGACUCCGGCCACGCACGUGUCCACAGAUGUCCGGUGAACGCCCACGUGUGCGUCCCACAUGGCGCGGUCUCUCUUCCUUGGACUCGGGCCCCAGACAUCUACCCUGGGGCACACGUGUGUGCGAGCGCGCCCGACACCGUCGGGGCCGAGCACGGCCUCUCACGCCAGGGCAGCCGCGGAUCCGAGCAUCCGCUGGCCCAGGACCCCCCGUCCCGCCCGCCAGGCCACGUUGUUCGGGCACCUGUCACCUUCCUCGGCCGCCGCGGGACCUCUCGCCCCCGCAGCCCGGCCGCGCUCGGAUGGGCGCAGAAGGGAACCGCCGCACUCACCGCGCUCGCCGCCGCCGCCGCGCUCGCCUCCCCGCCCCGCCGCGCUCGGCCAGCACCUAG